CGCAGCGGCCGCCGCGUGAGGCGGCAGUCACGUGUUGUUUUGCCGGCUGCCGCGCGCUCCGAGUGGAGUGGGCGGGGGCGCGGGCCGAGGCAGGAGGGGGCUGGAGCGGGCAGACGGGGGUAGACGGCCUCUUUCCCCAGCCCUCCCUUUCCUGAAUUUCCCCUCCUCCUCGCUCACCUUAAAACCAUCGUGCAUCACCAUGGCGAGCUGCUCCUUCACUCGCGACCAAGCGACAAGGAGACUGAGAGGUGCAGCAGCGGCAGCAGCGGCAGCUCUAGCAGCGGUGGCGACCACCCCGCUUCUUUCCUCGCGAACCCCGACCGCACUCAUUGGGACCGGGUCGUCUUGUCCGGGAGCCAUGUGGCCUUCCAUGGCCACUGGCUCCCGGUCAGACUCCGAGUCCGAGGAGGAGGACCUCCCCGUCGGGGAGGAAGUCUGCAAACGCGGCUACCUGCGGAAACAGAAGCAUGGGCACAGGCGCUACUUCGUGCUCAAACUCGAGACUGCUGAUGCCCCAGCUCGGCUGGAAUACUACGAAAAUGCCAGGAAGUUCCGGCACAGUGUCCGAGCCGCGGCGGCUGCAGCAGCGGCGGCCGCCUCUGGCGCCGCGAUCCCCGCGCUCAUUCCACCGCGGCGCGUGAUCACCCUAUACCAGUGCUUUUCCGUGAGCCAGCGAGCAGAUGCAAGGUACCGACACCUCAUUGCCCUUUUCACCCAGGACGAGUACUUCGCGAUGGUGGCCGAGAACGAGUCGGAGCAGGAAAGCUGGUACUUGCUGCUCAGCCGCCUCAUCCUCGAGAGCAAGCGCCGCCGCUGCGGCACGCUAGGCGCGCAGCCGGACGGAGAGCCGGGCGCGCUGGCGGCGGCAGCGGCGGCGGAGCCACGCUUCUAUAAAGAUGUGUGGCAGGUAAUAGUCAAACCCAGGGGGCUGGGGCACAGAAAAGAGCUGAGCGGCGUGUUCCGGCUGUGUCUAACCGACGAGGAGGUCGUGUUUGUGAGGCUGAACACCGAAGUGGCUAGCGUGGUUGUCCAGCUCCUGAGCAUCCGUCGCUGUGGACACUCGGAGCAGUAUUUCUUCUUGGAAGUAGGCAGGUCCACCGUCAUCGGUCCAGGAGAGCUCUGGAUGCAGGUCGAUGACUGUGUGGUUGCCCAAAACAUGCACGAGCUGUUUUUGGAGAAGAUGAGAGCCCUAUGUGCAGACGAAUACAGAGCCCGCUGCCGCAGCUACAGCAUCAGCAUCGGCGCCCACCUGUUAACCCUGCUGUCCGCUAGGAGGCACCUGGGCUUGCUGCCGAUAGAGCCGGGAGGCUGGCUCAGAAGGUCCCGCUUUGAGCAGUUUUGCCACCUCAGGGCCAUGGGCGACGGGGAAGACGAGAUGCUUUUCACCAGGCGCUUCAUAACACCCAGCGAGCCUGUGCCCGACUCCAGGCGAGAAAGACUGCACCUACCCAGAGGGUGCAGGUCAAGGAGAGCGAUUUCAGUGCCAGCCAGCUUUUUUCGCCGCUUAGCACACAGCCCAGCACGUCCCCCGCACCCUGCAAGAGCCCCGAACAAUGGAGCUUGCCUGUCUUCUGAAGUGUCUGGAUCUGGCUCUGGCAACUCUGGGGAGGAACGCAAUCCCCAGAGCAAAGAAGAUCAGGAAGGAAGUGGAGGCGACUACAUGCCCAUGAACAAUUGGGGGUCAGGAAAUGGCCGGGGCUCAGGAGGUGGCCAGGGCUCAAGUGGCCAAGGCUCCAGUAGCCAUAGCUCGGGAGGAAACCAGUGCUCAGGUGAGGGACAGGGAUCCCGAGGUGGCCAGGGUUCUAGUGGUGGCCAGGGCUCAAGUGGCCAGGGCUCAGGAGGUAACCAGUGCUCUGGAGAUGGCCAGGGCACCGCAGGUGGGAACGGUUCAGGUGGUGGACAGAGACCUGGAGGUGGGCAUGACUCAGGUGGUAGCCAGGGACCUGGAGAUGGUUAUGGCGCAGGUGGUGGCAAGAACUCUGGAGGGGGUAAAGGUGCAGGAAGUGGGAAAGGAUCUGAUGGUGAUGAUGAACGUGGAAAAUCUCUGAAGAAAAGAUCCUAUUUUGGCAAAUUAACCCAAAGCAAGCAAAUGCCACCACCUCCACCACCUCCUCCUCCCCCCCCACCAGCUGGAGCAACUGGUGGAAAAGCGAAGUCUGGGGGAAGAUUCCGACUUUAUUUUUGUGCUGACAGAGGAGCCACAAAAGAACGCAAAGAAGCCAAAGAAGUUAAAGAUGCAGAGAUCCCAGAAGGUGCAGCUCGUGGCCGCCACAGAGCCAGAGCUUUUGAUGAAGAUGAGGAUGACCCAUACGUGCCAAUGAGGCCAGGGGUGGCUGCCCCUCUUGUCAGCUCCAGUGAUUAUAUGCCAAUGGCUCCUCAAAAUAUCUCUGCUUCAAAAAAGCGCCACUCUCGAUCCCCUUUUGAAGAUUCAAGAGGGUACAUGAUGAUGUUUCCCAGAGUGAGCCCACCACCUGCUCCAAGUCCUGCACCGGAUCCUAAUAAAGGGGAUGACUCAAAGGACAAUGACAGUGAGAGUGACUACAUGUUCAUGGCUCCUGGAGCCGGUGCAAUUCCAAAAAACCCCAGAAAUCCUCAGGGUGGCUCUUCCUCCAAAAGUUGGAGCUCCUACUUCUCUCUACCAAACCCUUUUCGGAGCUCACCUUUGGGACAGAGUGACCACAGUGAGUAUGUACCAAUGUUACCUGGAAAGUUCCUGGGGAGGGGCCUAGACAAAGAAGUCUCCUAUAACUGGGGCCCCAAAGAUGUAUCUUCAAAGCCUUCAGGUGAGGGAUCAUUCUCAAAGCCUGGAAAUGGGGGAUCACUUUCAAAGCCUUCAGAUGAUGGGCCCCCAAAGGAUAAGGCUCUGAGACCUAACAGACUUUCUUUUACUACACAAGAAUAUAAAAUCAAGCCAAAACAACAAGAGCCCACACAUGAGCAGAGAGAAGCUGACAGCUCUAGUGACUAUGUCAACAUUGACUUCACUAAAAGAGAGAGCAAUACACCAGCUCCCUCUACUCAAGGACUAUCAGAUUCGUGGGGUAUAAUUGCUGACCCCAGACAGCCAGCCUUUCAUAAUUAUGUGAAUGUUGAGUUUGGAGUGCCAUUUCCAAAUCCAGCAAGUGACUUCUCAGAUCUUUUAAGAGCUAUACCACGUGCCAACCCCCUAUCGCUGGACAGUGCUAGGUGGCCACUUCCUCCUCUUCCCCUCAGUGCUACAGGUAGCAAUGCUAAUGAGGAAGAGGGUGACUACAUUGAAGUAAUUUUCAACUCAGCAGUGACACCAGCCUUGCCUUUUGCUGACAGUGCCAUUCGCUAUGAUGCUGAAACAGGUCGAAUCUAUGUGGUCGACCCAUUUUCUGAGUGCUGUAUGGAUAUAUCUCUCUCCCCCAGCCGAUGUUCAGAACCACCACCUGUUGCUAGGCUGCUGCAGGAGGAAGAGCAGGAGGGAAGACGCCCACAAAGCCGUUCUCAAAGUUUCUUUGCAGCAGCUAGAGCCGCUGUCUCGGCUUUUCCAACAGACAGCCUCGAGAGAGACCUUUCCCCAUCCUAUGUCCCGGCUGUUGCUUCAGCGGCAGCACCGACUUUAGCUGUCCGCCAAGUUGUAGCUGCGGCCUCAACGCUCGCCGCGGCCCCGGGCAUCGGCGCAGCAGCCGUAGCUGCUGGAUUUGACUCCGCCUCCGUCCGCUGGUUUCAACCUGUUGCUAAUGCAACUGGUGUCGAAGCCCUAAGGGGGGCCCAAGACAAUGCCGGUGGCUCGAACCCUGGAGCUCACAACCCAUCUGCAAACCUUCCCAGAGGUGAGAACCGGGCUGGCGGGGCUGCCGCUGCAGCUGCCGCUCCCGAACCCCCACCUCGCAGUCGCCGGGUGCCGAGACCCCAGGAGACAGACGAUUCUGACCACGACGACGACACUUACGUGAGAAUGGAUUUUGCCAGACCUGACAACCAGUUCGACUCUCCCAAAAGAGAGUGAUUAUAUUGACACGAAAACACAUUUUAGAAGAAAAGUGGUACUUAUGGAAUUUUAUCUUCAUCUACUCCAGAUCUGCCUACAGGAAAGAAAAUUCAGUCUUCUGAGUAGAAAGCAACCUAAAUUCCUACAAGCCUACAAGUGGACUCUGGCAAUUGAAUGAUCCUAUUCAUGCAGAUCAUUCAUCCUACUGCUUAUGGAUCCAGUGAUUUCUAAUUAACAAAUUUACACUGUGCAAAACACUGGUUUUGUUUUCUGGUAUUCUCCCUGAUCUUUCCCUUUGAACAGAAACAGAUACUAUAGAAAUGAGCAUCUGAUAGCUCUUUCCCUCUCUUAAAAAUGUUAAUUACAAUAUAUAUAAAUGCGGUCAAUGCCAAUUUUAAUGAUGUAAAAUAUUUAGAUUCAAUUUUGAAGUUGAAAAACCUUUAAACUAGGGCGCAUAAAGAAAAAAAGCUGUCAAUGGGAAGGUAGGUAUGAUCUGGAAUCUUUUUUCUGAGUAUUACACACACAAAACAUUUCUUGAUCAAUGAAUUAAAUGUCAACUGAACUGAUAUCUUGAUGGGACAUUACCAAUAUUUUAAAGGCAGGACUAAAGGGCAGAUUAUUUCAGAUUUUGCUCAUUAGCAAAACUAACAUUCUGCUCAUGUUAAAUGUCAAUGAAACUUAUAUCUUGAUUGAGCAUUUCCAACAUUUUAAAGGCAGAACUGAGAAAUGGCUUAUCUAUUUGUUCACAUACAACACUAUGACCUUCUGCCUGCAAAUCAAUUGAGUAUUUUCAAACCUAUUAUUUUUAAUUUAUUGUGAAACCUACAUUUACCUCCUAAGAGAAGCAAGGCUCUUCAAAAGUCUCUUCCCACGGCCCCUCUCUGCUUCUCCAGCCCUCUCUCCACUUUCAACCUCUAUUCUUCUCCUUUUUCCGGCCCUCUCCCCAACGCACACUCUCCCUCCUAUGUCCAGGGCUACUAUAAAGAGAUCAGUUUCCCAUAUUCAAUAAAUUAGUGUUUACUUAUCAAUUAAUAGUUUGAUGAAAACUUAAGCCAAAAGGAACCUCUUAUAAGGCUUUGUUUCCUUCGGGAUAUUGAGCCAAUGUAAGAUGUAC